AUUGUAUCGAUAAAUCCGCGGUCACACUGAUCUCUACCGGCGCAUUUUUUUCACCCAGGCGAAUUGAGAUAUAAACAGGCUAUUAUUCGGAAGCACAUCUAAAUUCCCGAAUAAAUCCGCAUAAAUAUCGACAGGCGAAUAGUCAAGAGCAGAGCAGAAGCACCAGCAGGCAGCAACUGUUUGGCAAUGGCGAACAACAACUACGCCGGGUUCAACUAUGGCGGCACCCAAUACAAUUCGGGACAGGUAUCGUACCCGGCGGUAACCAACGCGACUUAUGCAAAUGCGGCGGCCUACCAGAGCGCUGCUGCGGCUGCUGGCCAGGGCGGCGGCUAUGCAGCAACCGGGUCUGGCUCUGGGUCUGGGGGUGGCGGCAACUACGGUGGCUAUGGCGAAUACCGCAACCCCACGUCCUACGACGGCAGCAAGACAUUCUACCAGCAGUCUCCGGCCAGCUACAACGCGUCCGGGCCAGCAGCAGCAGGCAGCAAGACGCACUACUCGGCCCCGCCCGUCAAGAACAACGCCAAAGGUGGCAAAAUGGACAAAUCCAACGGCGGACCCAAGCCCCCCAACUCGGCUCCUCCCGGAGGUCCAGGUAACAAUUACAGUGGCUACGAUUCGGCCGUCUACAAUGCGGCCAGCAUGUAUGUGAACCAGCAGCACCAGGGCGGUCCACCGAACAAGCCAAACGGCGGCAACAACUGGUAUCCGCGCAAGAUGGGGCCCGCCAUCCCAGGACCACCGGCAUUGCGUGGCCUGCGCCCAAAGGCUCCGCCACGACCGCAGCAGCUGCACUAUUGUGAGGUGUGCAAGAUCUCCUGUGCCGGACCGCAGACCUAUCGCGAGCAUCUGGAGGGACAGAAGCACAAGAAGCGAGAGGCCUCGCUGAAGAUGUCUGCCAGUGCCACGAGCACCACCCAGAACCGUGGCAACAACUACCACUGCGAGCUGUGCGACGUGACGUGCACGGGCACAGAUGCCUAUGCGGCCCAUGUGCGCGGAGCCAAGCACCAGAAGGUGGUGAAGCUGCACCAGAAGCUGGGCAAGCCCAUACCCUCCGAGGAGCCAAAGAAGUUGGGCAAGAUUAACUUUGUGCCGGCGGCUGUUGGAGGAGCUGCGGCUGCACCUGCGGCGGCUGGCACUGGAGCUGCCGCUGCAGCGGCGACCCCAGCAAAGACUGAAGGGGCCGAAGAGAGUGAGGCGGCGGGUGAAGCUGCCGCCGCAGCUGCGGCUGCCGACAACUUGGAUGACAAUCAGGACGACUCUUGCGGCGAGAACACAGACAAUAUAAAGCCCGUGGGCGGCGAAUACAUCGAGGAGGUCAAGGACGACGAGCACAAGAUACUCAGCUUCAACUGCAAGCUCUGCGACUGCAAGUUCAACGACCCCAAUGCCAAAGAGAUGCACAUGAAGGGGCGCCGCCAUCGCUUGCAGUACAAGCGCAAGGUGCAGCCCGAUUUGGUUGUGGACUUCAAGCCUACCCCACGGCAGCGUCGACUGGCCGAGGCCAGGGCGCAGCGCGCUCUCAUGUCGCAUCGCGGCGGUGGCGGUGGCGACGAGCACGAGGGAAGCGGCAACUACUGGGAGGAGCAGCGCAAUCGCCAGUAUAACGAGGAGUACGACUACAAUAAUUGGAUGUCGCGCAGCUUUGGCGGUGCCCAGCGCUUUGGGCGCAUUGGGAGCGGGCCACCACCGCACUUUGGCAUGAUGCCGGGCGGCAAUUUGCGUCGCCCCGAGAGCACAGACGAUCGUCAUGCCAUUGCACGCCAUGCCGAGAUCUAUCCCAAAGAGGAGGAGCUGCAGACAAUUCAGCGCAUUGUCUCCCACACGGAGCGUGCGCUCAAGCUCGUGUCGGAUGCGUUGACCGAUCAGCCGAACGAUCCGGCCGCUGCGGCUGCCAAGAAGGAUAAGCCAGACAAACCCUCGGAGAAGGACGGACGCGAUAACCAGAUCUUUUCGUUCCACAAGGACGCCGACAGCGGUGGUGUGGUGCGCAUACUGAAGGGCGUCAUGCGGGUGGGCUACCUGGCCAAGGGCCUGCUGCUCCAUGGCGACAAUGCCGUCGAGCUGGUCGUACUCUGUGCGGAGAAGCCAACGGUGGGCCUGCUCCAGCGGGUGGCCACCAAGCUGCCCGACAAACUCAAGGAUGUGGCAGGCGACAUGCAGAUCACCUACCGCGUGGAGGUAAAUGCCGACGAUGCAGCCGUAAUUGUGCUGGAUGAGACUGUCUCUGUGAAGAUUACACUCACUUCGCCCUUGCUGCGGGAGGGUAAUGUGGCCGAGGUUCCAGUCAAGCAGGAGGAAGGCGAACCGGCUACCACUGGCGAUGCAGAACUGCUACCCCGCGAGCCAUGUUUGAGGGCACUGGCUGACUUGCGGCACGCCAAAUGGUUCCAGGCCAGAGCCACUGGGCUGCAAUCGUGCGUCAUGGUCAUUCGCAUUUUGCGGGAUCUCUGCCAGCGCGUGCCCUCGUGGCAGGCACUGCCGCAGUGGUCUUUGGAAUUGCUUGUGGAGAAAGUUAUCUCAUCGGCUGCCUUUCCCAUCUCUCCCGGCGACUGCAUGCGUCGCAUUAUGGAGGCAUUGUCUUCCGGCUUUCUGAUCAACGGUCCGGGACUGCUGGAUCCCUGCGAGAAGGAUCCGACCGAUGCGCUGGUGGUGCUCAGCAAGCAGGAACGCGAGGAUCUCACUGUGUCGGCCCAGCAAUUCCUGCGCUUCAUUGCCUUCCGGCAGAUCUUCAAGGUGCUCGGCAUGGACCAGCUGCCAGCCAUGAAGUUUCCCGUGCGCCCGUGGCGCAUCAACCGCAAGCGUCGCCGCUCGUCGGGCAAGGCGGGCGCCUCCGGCACCGAGGCCGAGGCUGCUGAGAUCGAGGAGACCGGCUCCGAUGAGAAGGUACCCAAGAAGGAUGGCGCAGGCGCCUCUGCCGCUGCCGCAGCAGCUAGCUCGCCCGCUUAAGCGGCGGCAUUAAGAUUUAUACGUAGACGGCUACUAAUAUAUAAACACUUUUUCUCAAUUUAACCGCGCGCGUAUAGCGCCACCUAACUAUAAACUAACUCUAUCUCCAUCUCCACGAGUAUUCACACCAAUUGCGGCUCAUCGUUAUUGGGCAGGAGUAAAACAUGUCCAACAUGCUGCCCAAUUGGCAAUUAGAGAUUCCUUCCUAACCCAUAGAAGUAGCCCCCAUCCCCCUCAAACCCUCAAACACCUAACUCAACUUACAAUAUCUACCGAGCAUACAAAUUGUAUUUUUUCUAGACUUAGGCGAGUGGAAUGCAAUAUUCAAUUUGGAAGUGGAUACAUAACGGUCCACGCAUACACACACAUGUUUCCAAUAUAACAUACAAAAUCGAAACAAAUUUUAAUAAACCAUAUAAUGAUCAAAUACUAUAAA